CUGAACUACACUUCCCAGAGGGCGCCGGGGCUGCGAGUGGAUUCUCGUGUAGCGAGCCCUGUACUCCCUCCAAGAGUCGGUUCCGUUGUAGAGGUGACCUGACUCCCGGAGACUCGUGUCGCAGGUGCAGUAAUUGUCUUCGCAGUUCUCAAUAAUGCCUGAACCAAUCAGAGUCCUUGUGACUGGAGCAGCUGGUCAAAUUGCAUAUUCACUGUUGUACAGUAUUGGAAAUGGAUCUGUCUUUGGUAAUGACCAGCCUAUAAUCCUUGUGCUGUUGGAUAUCACUCCCAUGAUGGGUGUUCUGGAUGGUGUCCUAAUGGAACUGCAAGACUGUGCCCUUCCCCUUCUGAAAGAUGUCAUCGCAACAGACAAAGAAGAGGUUGCCUUCAAAGACCUGGAUGUGGCUGUCCUUGUGGGCUCCAUGCCAAGAAGGGAGGGCAUGGAGAGGAAAGACUUGCUGAAAGCAAAUGUGAAAAUUUUCAAAAGCCAGGGUGCGGCCUUGGAGCAGUAUGCCAAGAAAUCAGUCAAGGUUAUCGUUGUGGGAAACCCAGCCAAUACAAACUGUCUGACAGCCUCCAAGUCAGCUCCAUCCAUUCCCAAGGAGAACUUCAGUUGCUUGACUCGCUUGGAUCAUAACCGAGCCAAAUCUCAAAUUGCUCUUAAACUUGGUGUGACUGCUGAUGAUGUAAAGAAUGUCAUCAUCUGGGGAAAUCAUUCCUCAACUCAGUAUCCAGAUGUCAAUCAUGCCAAGGUGAAAUUGCAGGGAAAAGAAGUUGGCGUGUAUGAAGCCGUGAAAGAUGACAGCUGGCUCAAGGGAGACUUCAUCAUGACUGUGCAACAGCGUGGCGCUGCUGUCAUCAAGGCUCGGAAACUGUCCAGUGCAAUGUCUGCUGCGAAAGCCAUCGCCGACCACAUCAGAAACAUCUGGUUUGGAACCCCUGAGGGAGAGUUCGUGUCAAUGGGUGUUAUCUCUGAUGGCAACUCCUACGGAAUUCCUGAUGACUUGCUCUACUCCUUCCCUGUUGUGAUCAAGAACAAGACCUGGAAGUUUGUUGAAGGUCUCCCUAUUAAUGAUUUCUCACGUGAGAAAAUGGAUCUUACCGCAAAGGAACUGGCAGAGGAAAAGGAAACUGCGUUUGAAUUUCUUUCCUCUGCAUGACUAGACUAUCAUGUUGAUGUCAGUAAAUACCCCAAAGCUGAGGAAUCUAAGUGUCGUCUUUGAGCCUAGUACCAAAUAAUAAUAAUAAUGCUACAAUCAAAUUACCUGUGAACAGCAACAUAUUAAAGAUGUGUGCUUUGUGGUACAGGUUCGUGGCACUGUUAUCAUGCUAUUAGUGUUGCAUUCUAAAUAAAACUACGUCAAAAUGAAA